CAACAUGCCAACUGAUGCUGCAGCGCUGGCCGCAUGCGCACGAUCGCUCCUUCCUUCAUCAUGGCUACAUGAGAUGGAAACACUGAUCUGCUCGUCUGAAGAUCGGAUUGAAGCGAUGACCCAUGUGUUGAAGCAGACGUUUACCAUGCUUUUGAACGAAGUCGAUGUGCUUCGUGCACACGCAGCAAGCGCAGUCGAUGACACGAACAUGACUACGCCCACCACGUGGAAAGUACGAGGCAAUGCGCAUUUCAAAGCCCACGAGUAUGAUGCAUCCAUCGAUUGCUUUACGCAGGGUCUUCGCGCGCUGGUAGUUCGAUCGCAGGCGUCCACGUCGUUGCAAUCCAUCUUGUACACGAAUCGAUGUGCAGCAUGGAUGGCCAAGACAUGCUGGCAACAUGCGUACGAAGACGCGUCCAGGGCCAUCGCCGCCGACCCGACCUAUGCGAAAGGUUGGUUUCGUCGGGGCAAGGCCCUAGAAGCCUGCCAUGACGCCAAUCCUGCAUUGGCGCUAGCCCUCUGUGACGGCCGACUGCAACAACAUGACGGAUGCAACAGCGUGGUCGACGCCGUUGCACGGGACUUGCAUCAUGCCAAGUGCCUCGUUGAAGGGGUCCCCAGCUCUGUCACCUCCACAAAUACACACGCAGUUCCUGCAGGGCCAAAGGAUAUCGGUGGUGCUGGUGUAUUCCAUCCACACAUUGUCAUAACCACCACGAAAACCCACGGUCGAUCCAUCCAAGCCACUCAGGCCAUUCCUCCAGGCACGGUGCUGCUCACAGAGUCCCCCACCGUGUUGGCCGUCGGGACGGACGUCGCUGCAUGUGCUGCGUGUGCUCGCGUGUCCCUGCCCAACCCCCCCCUUCCGUGUGACUUUUGCAGUGCCGACAUGUAUUGCGACGAAUCGUGCCGCGCCAAAGCGUGGGCGGACGGCCACCGCUGGGAAUGCUCGCUGACGUGGCAGCAUGUGGCACUGGAUCCGCUAUGUCGAGUAUAUUGGCGUCUGUUGAAUCGCCGUCGGUUUCAAACGAAUGACGACGUGUUAGCACAGUGGAAGAAGGUCGACGUUGAACCAAACACGAAGGGACUUCGCCUCUGGACGACGGCGGACGAGCCGACCGUCCACGCCCUUGUGCACUUCCCCCCACUUUGCCACCACUUCCCGUCCCUAUCAUCGUCCUCGGUGAUCCACAACCACCAGUUCUUAGCCUUGUUGGAUCCAUCGCUGGACGACAACGUUCCACUUGGCCUUGUCCAUCUCACGCCACACCAGGAUGGCCCCAUCGACGUGCGACUGUUCGUCCUAACUCGACCUUCUAAGGAGCUCUACACCCUAUGGCUCACACAGCUCCAACAUGUGUUGUCAAGCCACGUUAAAGUGGUGCUGCAUCAUGCCCACAUGGACACCAACCUUUGCGCGGGUGCCCUGUCCGCUGGCUUUCGUCCGAGAUCAUUGCCGUCGUCGUCAGAGUUCACGUGGAAUAACCCGUCCGGUAGAUUCCGCGGAUUGGACGCGCUGCAGUCGCACCUGAGGUCGAUGUCACCUGCCGUUGCCGUCGAAACGGUGCUCUUUGUGUCCACGUUGGCGGUGCUCGAUCCGUGGCGAGGGUACCUCCACGACGACAACGCCCAGGACAUGACGCUGUCUGUGCUCUUGGCGCUAGCAGGCCAGUUGCCGACGAACGUGGUCGCCAUCACGACGACGACCACCGCCGCCGCUGCCCCAUCAAGCCACAACCUGCGCGACGUGACGCAGACCAGAGUGGGUGUGGGCGUGUACCCCCGCAUGGCGAUGGCCAACCAUUCGUGUGUUCCGAACGCGUUUGUUCGCUUUGAUGACGGUGCCACAUUGCACUUGAUUACGAGUCGGGCCAUUGCGGCCAAUGAUCACGUAUACAUCUCGUACGGCCCCCACGCGUCCAAAAUGGAUGGUCCAGCGCGACGCCGGCACUUGCAAGACCAGUAUUUCUUUGCCUGUAGCUGCGACGCAUGCUCGUCUAACGACCAGGUCAAUGAACCCCCUUCGGAUAGCGUGUUUAUGCAGCGAACUCACGCGAUGGAGGCAGCAAUAGUCGUGGCUAUACCCAAAACACACGACGACUUGCAUCAUGCCCACGAAUUGGCCCAGAAAUUGUUACACGAACGCCUUGCAAAUCUAUCCAACACCCACGUACUUGUGGGUCGAGCGCACGACCUGGUAGCCCAAAUUGCAGCGACCCGCGGCGACUUCGCCGAAGCUGCCGCCCACAGCUCCAAGUCGCUGGCCAUAUUGGAGACCCAUUAUGCCCCAUUCGAUGCCGAAUUGGGCCACGAGUACCUCAAACUAGCCCAAGUACGUACAAUCGUUGAUGAGGUGCUCACGUUGCGGACGUAGUUGCUGUUUCACGCUGAGCAAUUCGAGGCUGUCCAGGCGCCACUGUCUCGGGCCCAAGCCGCGCUGUCCCUCCACUUACCUGCCCACGACCCCGCCCUGUCAGACCUCGACGAUCUCGUCGCCCAAUGUGCUUUGAUGCGCAUGUAAAAAAUAUUUAACGAUUCACCCAUAUGUUAGUGUAGUAUUAAUAGUACUACAAUACUAACUGAUCCAAUAGAUUGCUAACAGUAAACCCGA